CGGGCAUGGGUCGCGGGGCCCGGCUGCGGCCCGCCGCGGCGGCCUGAGCCAUGCGCUGGCUCUCGCCCCUGGCGCGCGGCUUCGUCGUCUUCUCCGCCGGCGGCUGCGGCCGGGGCUGCGGCGGGCCCGCCAUGUUCUACGCCGUGCGCAGGGGCCGCCGCACCGGGGUCUUCCUGAGCUGGAAUGAGUGUCGUGAACAGGUGAACCGAUUUCCUGCUGCCAGAUUUAAGAAGUUUGCCACAGAAGAUGAGGCCUGGGCCUUUGUCAGGAACUCUGCCAGCCCUGGUGGUUCAGAAGACCAGAAAAAUACACAUGAACACAAGCCACAAGUGGAGGCCAGCAAGCGGCUCCGGGAACCUUCCAGUGAAGAUGAAAGCGCAGAGCCCUGUGCGAAGCACGUGAGACAGAACUCAGAAGUGACGCCUGUUGUUAGCAAAGACACAUUUUCUUAUAUGGGAGACCACGUCGUGGUCUACACCGACGGCUGUUGCUCCAGCAACGGGCGCAAGAGGGCGCGAGCAGGGAUUGGCGUUUACUGGGGACCCGGCCAUCCUCUAAAUGUUGGCAUUCGACUUCCUGGACGACAGACGAACCAGAGAGCCGAGAUCCAUGCAGCCUGCAAAGCCAUCGAGCAAGCCAAAGCCCAGAACAUCAGCAGACUGGCUCUGUACACGGACAGCAUGUUCACCAUCAACGGCAUCACCAACUGGGUCCAAGGCUGGAAGAGGAACGGGUGGAGGACCAGCGCCGGCAAGGACGUCAUCAACAAGGAGGACUUCAUGGCGCUGGAUCGGCUCGCCCAGGACAUGGACAUCCAGUGGCUGCACGUUCCUGGUCACUCGGGAUUCGUGGGUAACGAAGAAGCUGACCGACUGGCCAGAGACGGAGCGAAGCAGUGUGCAGACUGAGCUCCGGGAGCCUGGCCGGGCUCUGGGUUCCGCUUGCGGCUGCAGUGCCACCGCAGUCGGCGGCACCGGUGCUGCCCCGCGGUGGUUUGGUGACGCGUGGACGUGACGUGCUUCACAGGCCAGCGGGGGAACACCUUGAAAUCCGGAAUAACGUGGGGCUCCGGCUUUAGACUCACUGGACUUGGUGCUCUUCUGGCUUCUCUGUCGCAGUCUGGCCCCAAAUCAUUGCUCAGAUUUUAUUAAGGAAUCAAUAAAACAUGGUUUAAAAG